AUGGUGGAUGCGUGGAAAGCAAAGAAGGCCGAGAAAGAUGCCAAGAAGGAGGCAGCCAAGGCGGCGACGGCAACGGCUCCGGCGGCAAAGGAUCCAGCGUUAACCGAUAUAGACAACGUCUGGGAAGUUAUGCAGAAUCUUAGUUUUGGUGGUGAAAAUCAAAAUCCGCAACAAAUCUCUGUUGAUGCCCGUCGGGUUCGAACUGACAACAAUCGCUUAAGCUUGCUUGCUCUUGCCCUCAAUUCGGCUCAUCAAAAACAUAUGGAUCUCAAGAUUUUGCUUCCUAAGGCCUGGAAAAUGGAGGGCAAAAUUACCAGCCGCAUAAACAAUGAUGGCACCGUUCAAUUCUAUUUUAAAUAUGACCAUCACUUGAUGAAUGUCUUGAAACAUGGACUUUGGCACUGUAACAAUUGGAUCGUUGAUGUAGAUCGCUGGACUAGGCGGUUUGAGCCAGACUUCCUUCAUCAAAUCUCUUUCUGGGUUAAAGUUCUAAAUAUUCCAGAGGACUUCUGUUCUGAUGCUAUAAUUCAUGAGGUUGGUGAUAUUUUGGAUUCUAUUGAUGAAAUUCGUGUUACUGAAGCCUCGCUGGAUAAUGAUAGUGAAGUCUGGAUUCACGUUCAAAAGAAUAUCAGUGAUCGUUUAAUCUUCAUCCGAUAUAUAGAUUUUGAACCGGGCCAGUCCACAAUGAUCUGUUUUAUUUAUAAGAAGCUUCGAAAAUUCUGCUUCCGCUGUGGGGCUUUAAUGCAUAGUGAUUCUGUCUACGACUAUGAGGGAGAGGUUUAUUAUCAACAACGCAUCGAGGAAAGUGCCUCUGAUAUCUCUAUGCCACUCCAACAGUCUCCUGAAGCAGAGAUUCCUCAUCCAGCCAUUGGUCCUUCUCAUCCACAUCGCUCUGUCCCUCAGGAUUAUUCAGUGGAAGCCCUUAAUGAUACUUCCGUCCAUCUGAUUACUCCGCUUAUCCCUGAAGGCGCAUCUGAUGCUACCCAGCCUGCUAAUCGCUUCUACCAUCAUGAUCAAGGACAGCGAGAUGAUACUAUGGCUGAAACGGUUGACUCCAAUGUUCAUCUUGAAGAUAACCGAAGACCUCACAGCUCCGGAGCUGCUGAUUUUCAUUUUCUAGCACCUCAACCACCUGCUGUCCCUGGUUUUCCUGUGCAUGACGAUCAGAAUGCUCUUCGAGGAGUUAAACAUCUCCUUAUAAGAGACUACGACAAGAUCUUUGGAAAACACUGCAAUGCUGAGCACCUUUGUAUCACAUCACUCCACGUCUGGUCUUUGGCGAUUUAA